GUUCUUGUCUCGUCAACAAGCCAGUUGUGACAGAGAGAGAAAAACACUGCUCCCAUGGGAUCCACCUAGUUGAGCUAAGGGACAAAAACAAUUGUACUUAACCUCAUGAUCAUGAUCAAGAAAAUGUCUUUUUCGAGGACGUCGUCCGCCGCAUCUUGCUUGCCCACACGCUCACGUCGAGGGAUGGCGCCUUGUGCAUCCACCUUUCUUCUGAGGCUCUUUGCCUGUCUGAUAUCAGCAGGAUGCAGCUUCUCUUCAACAAGGACACCUUUCGCAUCAGCCCAAAUCGCACCAGAAACAGCUGCUCAAGUCCAAACCCUAGUUCAAUCUGUUGCCUGGAAGAAGAUAUUUUUGCGCUCCUUCUCGCUCAUGGGCCUGAACCAUGGCUGCAUGACUGUGUGCAACGACCAGAUAACAAGAGCAUGCACGAAUUUGCUAGCAGAGUCAUUGGAGUGGGAGGAUAUUGAUGUAUCUACAACAAGAACAACUAGAACUACCUAUAAUGUUGAACUUCUCAAUGAAUGGCUCCGGUAUUUGGUAACCUGAAUUUGAUCAUAAGGGAAACCAAGACAAGAGAACCCUUAUCAUAAGGGCCUUCUGAUCAAAUUCAGUUUCAGGCUACCAAAUACCAGAACCAUACAAUCAGUCUAGCGUGCCAUAUUUAUUCAGCAUCAUUUUUCAUCCACCACAACCUCUUCAACGUCACAAAUCAUGUAAUCAAAGCCGCCACAAAUCAUGCACUCAUCCACAUCUUCAGGCCCCCUCACUCGACGUCGAAGAGACGAUGGAGUUAGCAAAUGCUCUGAAGGCUGAAGCACGCACACACCGUGAGAUUCAUCUCAUGGGCAAGAGUGUGCAGAUAGACGAAAGCAAUUUCCUAUUGUCCAAAGACAGAAGAAGGCCUUGCAAGAAAUUACUUCUAUGAGAUGGAUUUAUCUUGACCUGCUUAAGUUAUUCCUUGAAUUUCUUCGAACUUGCGGAUUGUUUCCAUGACUCCCUCUUCUGGUGGACUUGCUGAUAUCCAUAUCGCUUCCUAAUUCCGCAUCCACCAUCCUUUUCCUCCUACCCUCGUUCAUUCCGCGAUCACGCCUGUCCAGUCGCCUGUAUCAGACGAGAUUCGGGUAAUCUGCCUAACCAGAAAGGCUACAUCCCUGAGUACGAACCAGGUGCUUUUGAACCGCAGUUCACGGAACGCUAUAAAAUCCGAUAUCGCGGAACCACCUUCGACGAGGCUGAUUUUCACAAAGAAUUCUCAGUUUUUGACUUCAUUUUUGGUGGAAUUAUGGAUUUGUUCGGGUUCUUUUGGAGGAAGAUUGCUUGAUUUAUUGGGCUUUGGGAAGGAAGCUAUGCGCUCUGUCACCUUCAGAUUCAGCAGGACCAAAAAUGACUGAAUAUCCAACAAUGUUGACAUCCGUCUCUUCAUUCGGGCUAGCCAAUCACAUUACUGACAUUGAGCUACACAGCUGGCAUAAGCAUUCCCGCGCACAACAACGCCGCAACCUCCUGAACGCCUAGUUUCACUUCCUCCCUAUCAAGGCCAAGUUCUUGCGUAAUUGUAGGAGUGUCAGAGCAAGACC